AUGUCAGAUAAUAAUACUAGUAGUACGAUUACAAGUAUUGGUAAUACAAAGAGUUAUUUAAAUUCAUUACCAAAUAUAAUACUAUUGAUUAUAAUCGAUCAUUUGGAUGAUGAUUUGGAUUUCAUUUGUUUGAUGUUGACAUCAAAGAGAAUGCACGAUGACGUGUUGAAAAAGAGAGAGUUGGUGCAUCGAUUCAAGAAUACUCAAUAUAUGAUGAGAGGAGGUGGUGCAUCGGUAUAUUAUCAUCCUACAACUCAUCUAUUAGCGUCUAGUGAUGGAGACAUUGCAUUCAAACUAGAGAGGUCUUUUAAAUCAAUCUAUCUCAACUCGACUGUUCAAGAUCAACUCGUAUUGGAUAGUGGUACAGAAACAGUAGAUGAAAUUACAAAGAGAAUAGAAUUGUAUAAAAAUAUCAACAACAUCAACAAUAACAAGAGAAAUGUAGAUGUAGAUAGAGAUGAACAACAACAACAUGCAAUGUCUCUAACAUCGGUACUCAUUAAAACGGGUAUACCAGUCCCGAGAUACAACGACUUGGCAUUAAAGAAUGUUGUAGAGUUAUCAAUCCAUCUUUCAAUGCCACCGGUUGAUUGGUUUAGUAGUAGUAGUAGUAGUGAUGGUACACCAUCAAAUGUAUUUGAACAGUUACAAACGUUGCAUUUACAAUACCAAGGUAGAAAGAUUGAAAAGUUGCCAGAUACACUUACCAACCUCACUUUGAAACAUGCCAAGUGUUUGGGUGAAGGUGUGCUGUUACCUCGGUCACUAAAGUCACUCAAUAUAUCAAACGACCCAUUCGAUGGAGAUAAACAUGGGUUGGGAGAAUGCGUAGAGUUGACUAGGUUGACUUUACCAUCGGGUCUGGUGAAACCGCUGGACAACCAGUCACUCCCACCCAACCUCACUUAUCUCUACAUUGAAUUGGAGCAUGUCCCACACGUUCAUUUCGCGCUCCCUGCAAGUUUGAAAGAGUUGACAGUGUCUGUUACAUUUACCAACAACUAUUUGUUGCCGAUUGCCAGUCUGCCGAGUUUGGAGACACUCAUGAUAGACUGUGACUUUCCAACAACCGAUUUAUUCGGACGUGCAGAUCACAAGACUGAAACAACUAAAGCUUUGGCUAUUGGAUUACCUCUGCCUGACGCACUGCCAGUAUCGCCAUUCCCAGCGUCGCUCAAGUCACUGCGUUUGAUGCGGGAUAUCCACUCGCCGCCAACCGACCCAUUAUUCUAUCCAGCCGGCCUGCUUAAACUCGACACUAACCAAGCCAACGUGCGUGCUCUGUCACGUCUGCCACCAACUCUGCAAGAAGCUGUGAUCAACAUAUGUGACGGUCCAUUCCCAAUUGGAUUCCUCCCCUCUUCUUCCUCUCGGUCACUCACCAAACUCGAAUUAUCCUACGAACUACGGUCUACAAAUGCCGUCAUCACACCUGGAUCCAUUCCCAACACCGUCCAAGACAUCUCAUUACACCAGUACACCGGUCCACUCACACCCGAGUAUCUGCCAUCCCAACUCGUUCAUCUCGACUUGAACCACUAUCCACAUGCAUUUGGUACAUCUUUAGCUGACUUCAAACACCUCGAAUCAUUGACAGUAUACUCUAUCAAGUCAUCGGACCAUCUACCAACUGCAUUCCCAGCGUCCAUUAAAUCCAUCACCUAUAAUGUAUUUUUCCCAUUAGUCAAUCUUUUACUACCAGUGUCACUCGAGUAUCUAUGGAUACGAAUCUAUCCAGUUCACUCUGAGUAUCAUGUAUACUCUCCAUUUGAACAAAUCAAUAUUAUCCAUCACGGCGACGACCCCAACCCCAACAUGAUGGUACCAAGUAAUCUACGAGUAUUGGAAUGUGACCUAACAUCACCAACCAAACCUCUAUAUAUACUAAGAAUCGAUCAAGUUAUCAAUCAUAGUUGUAUCGAACAACUCGUCAUACCAACCAUCAUCACAGCCCGUCGAUUCACCUUUAUGAUUCGUCGUCUUGAAAAUGGUGCCUUUUUCCUCUUGGAAAAACAUACCCUAUUUGGUGGUAUCAUUCAACAACAACAACAAAUUGAUCAUAAUCAUGAUGAUGGAACAGUUAAAUACAAACCAUUAUAUCUUCACUUUAGUAAUCAUAAAGGUGUAUUAAUUCCAUCUCUAUCCAAUUCACUCAUCCCAAUGUGUCAUAUACUCCUAUUUUCAAACUAUUUUAGUUCAUUCUUUAAAGUUCAGCUUGUAUUUCAAUUAAUUAUUUCAAUAAUGGAUAGUGAUAGUGAUACUAAUAGUAGUAGUAAUAACAGUAUAGACACAUUCUCAAUGACAUCUGUUGAUACUACUUCUUCCUCAAACUCUGAUACAUCAUCUUCACCAGUAUCUUCAUCCUCUUCUACCACAUCGUCGACUAAACAACAAGAUAUUGAAGAGUCGUCGUAUAUUGAAAGAGGAGGUGUCUAUCAAUGUUCAAGAUGUCACUUUCAACUCUUUCGUAGUGAUGCUAGAACAGAACCACCAAUCAAAGGUACUACAAACCUCUACUUUAUGCGAUACAUCAAAGAAUCUUGUAAAUUUGAAUCAGAAUAUGCAUUUGGUACAAUGAGUGUUAUCAUUACUUGUUCUGGUUAUGGUGUAUUAACUCUUUUGUUUACACAGUGUAUGAAUAAAAUUGGUGAAGUGUGUACACGUAAUGGUGAUACGAUAGUAUUCCAAGCAAAGAAUGAAUUGAUUGUAAAGAGAACAUCGUUGGAUGAAACAGACUAUCAAGAUACCAAAGUAUACACAUUGAGUGAAAAGAUUGAAGAGGAGACAAAGAAUCGAUUUGACCUAUUCUUUGAUAAACUUGGAGAGUUGGCUGAAAAGGAUAAACAAUCACGUCAAAAUCAACAACAACAACAAUUAGAGGACGAGGAUGAUCGAUUCAUUUCUACAUCUACUACCUCUACUACUAGUACAACUAGUACGACGAGUACUACCUCAACAACAACAACCAAACCAAGUAAUUUUAGUCAUAUGUCAAGUAGUGGAGGUGUUAAAUCAAAAUCAUCUUCAUCUUCAUCAUCAUCAUCUCAACAAACUCAGAAAAAGAGAUUAUCUACACAAUCAGCAAACAAAGAGAGACAACAAAAAUACAAAGAAUUGGAACAAGAAAGACAAAAACAAAUGCAACCAGUUUCACAAUUCUCAUCGAUUAUAAAUAAUGUACAUAAUGGAAUGCAAAAUGAAACAACUCAUAAAUUUAUAAUGGUAUCUGCACUCGCUAUUGGUUAUAUCACUUCAUUAUUGGUUUCAAAAUAA